CAGGACCAGGACCAGACCCCUGACAGCACUCCUCAGGAGUUUGAGGAGGAGUUUGUGGAGGAGCAAAAUAAUGCUGCAGAUGUGCCCCAGUUGCGGCGUUACUUUGAAAACCAAGGGACAACCAACUUCUCUCUGAGGCUGGCCGGUAUCAGACGUGCUAUGGAGGCUCUGACAUCCUCAGACAGUACCUCCCUCAAUUACCUCACCCACGCUGGGAGGAUGGUGUUGAGUGGACUAUCCGAGCUCAACCAGCAGGAUGUGAGGCAGUUUCAGCAGGCCUACGACCUACUGGUGAACUUCAUUAAUGAGCCAGCAAACAGGGAGCGACUAGAGCAGGAGAUGGCUCUCGUAGGAAUCGACCGCAUCAACUUCGCAGAUGUUUUUUUAUGAAUUCGUUCUACUAAGCCUUCUAGAAGGAAAGACAUCUCUUCCUAUAUCUGAGCCUGGUAGCUUCCUGUAUCUGCUCCUGCAAGUCAUAAUGAGGAUUGACCCUCCUGGAGGAGCCUGGACAGAGGCUGCUGAGAACUUCUACCUCCUCGUUAAGGGCCAGAUGAAGGCAUGGCUAGAAUCCAUCUUCAACCUCAAUGAGUCAAUCUAUGAAAGCCCAGAGAGGCUCUCGGGGGAGGUGAUGAGGAAUCUAGAAAUACAGGUUGAGUUCCUGCUGUCCAGCCUGGAUUAAGGUUCCCAAACUGAGCUGAGGGCCCCAUCACAAAAUAAAGUGUUUUGCAUUUAAA